GCGCGAGGUCACCGCCCCGGAAGCGCUCGCGGGGCGCGUUGACACGUCGCAGGGCCGGGCGGGCGCGGGCCGCGCUGAGGCUGUUGUGAGCGUUCGUCGCUCCUGUCCGGCCGUAGCGGGGAGCGGCACCGGGAACGGCUCCUGAGGCUGCGGGAGCGCCCCGAGGGCCGCUGCCCGUGUGGAGAUCCGCGGGUCCCCCGGGCCGAGCGCCCCGCGGCUGGCGGCGAUGUCCGGGUUCGACAGCUUCAACACGGAGUUCUUCCAGACCAGCUACAGCAUCGACGAGCAGGCGCAGCCCUACGAGUACGGCGGCGGGCGGCCCUACGGCAGGCAGUAUGGAGGCUACGAGUACUCCCAGCAAAGUGGAUUUGUCCCUCCCGAGAUGAUGCAGCAGCAGCCUUACACAGGGCAGAUUUACCAGCCAACACAGACAUAUACUCCAACUUCAGCACAGUCGUUCUAUGGAAGUAAUUUUGAGGAUGAGCCUCCUCUGUUAGAAGAAUUGGGGAUCAACUUUGACCACAUCUGGCAGAAGACGCUGACAGUUCUGCACCCAUUAAAAGUAGCAGAUGGCAGCAUCAUGAAUGAGACUGACCUGGCUGGACCAAUGGUCUUCUGUCUAGCUUUUGGAGCCACGUUGUUACUGGCUGGUAAAAUUCAGUUUGGCUACGUGUAUGGAAUAAGUGCAAUCGGAUGCUUGGGGAUGUUCUGUCUCCUGAACCUGAUGAGCAUGACGGGUGUCUCGUUUGGCUGCGUUGCCAGUGUCCUUGGAUACUGUCUUCUUCCUAUGAUCGUGCUCUCCACUUUUGCCAUCAUGUUUUCAUUGCAGGGAGUGAUGGGAAUUAUCCUCACAGCUGGGAUCAUUGGCUGGUGCAGCUUUUCUGCUUCCAAAAUCUUUAUUUCUGCCUUAGCAAUGGAAGGACAGCAACUUCUAGUAGCAUACCCCUGUGCUUUGUUGUAUGGGGUCUUUGCUCUCAUUUCUGUGUUCUGAACAGACUGUCCGAAUCCUUGGACUGCAGUGGGCCAAACUGAAGACAUCAACUCGGGACAUUUUGUUGGACCAGAAGCAGUUGCAAACGCCUGCGUAGUGGGGACAUGACAAACUUAGACCAGUUCUAAACCAUCUGGAAAAUGGAAACAAAUGUCUUGUGUUCACUUUUUUAGAACUUUGAAUACUGUUCUCAAUUGACCCGAGGUGUCGAUAGCUUUAAUAAGUGUUCAUGCUUAUCAAGUUAAUGUAGUUUUUUUUUCCCACUCCUGUAUCUUCAGAAAAGUAACUUUUGGUUGUUUAUGUGAGAUGGGGGGGGUGAGGGAGAGGGGAGGGAGAAGGGUUACACACUGUAAGGUUUUUCUUAGCAGCAGUUAACAGAGCCACAGGCAGUGUGGGAUUGGCAUUCUUUUUGAAUAAAUCUGCAGUAAUGAAGAGCCUGCUUCUCUCCCCUCUUGCCAGGUGCACGGAAUGUAUGCAAUUGCUUCCUGUACUUUAACAAAUACACUCUUAAGUUGUUUAGUCUCAGUUACGUGUUCAUUUGAUGUGAUGGUAUUUCAGGUUGUCAUGAAACUGAAAUUAUGAAUUAGAAAACAGAUGCUUUAAAAAUUAGAAGUUUCUGUAAUUCUGUCACACUUGAAAUGGGAAUCCAUCUGGGUCUCUAAAUAGCUGCGUGUUAACUUGAAUUUCUAAGACUUCAACUGGAGGUUUUUUCCUAAUGGUGCACAAAUUAGAAGACAGAGGGGAAUCUCUUGAAGUGCUACCAAGAGAAACACCAUUUUGAAAAUGCUUGUCAGUAUUGUUACUGUAAAAGUAAUUUAAGGCACAUUGAUUAAAUUUUCCUUAGAUUUUGAAAAUGGUGUUUGCUUCUUCCAACCUUUAUUUUUGAAUGAACUUCAGUUAAAUAAACUUUCAUAUAGCAGCAUGA